AUGACGCGUGCGAAGAUUAUUUACCUGUCUGGAGAAAUCCCUCAGGGGGAUCCCGAAGGAGACCAGCGUAACUUGUUUAGAAAAUUACAUCUCUUGAGCAAAGAGAGAAAUCACCCUAUUCUUGCGUCGACCAUCGACGCCAUCACUAUUGCUCUAAAGCAAGAAUGCCGGCGAUUGGAAAAGUCACAAAGGGAACUGGUACCCGUGUUUGAAAGCGUAUUAGACUUGACAGAUAGUGUUAUUGAGCUCAGGAAAACCUCACUGGGUGGAGCUAUUGAGCGAGUUCUCGUUCUAGUAUUUCAAUUGGGUAUUUUCAUCGCCUAUCACGAAGCCAACCCCUUAGAAUACGAUUUUCGAGCAGAAAAUGCCGUGCUUAUCGGACGAGGCCCAGGUUUGCUCUCUGGAGCGGCCAUUGCACUUUCUCCCAGUCCGCUGCUACUUCCAGCCAUGGCUGCUGAAAUUGCCAAAGUCACAUUUCGAUUUGGUCUUGUUGUAGAUCAAGUUUGUCGCUCACUGGAGGUUUCACCUAACGAGAUCAAUGCUGAAGGGGCUUGGGUAUAUUGCGCCUAUGGGGCUGAUCUGAAAGAAGCUCAACAAGCAGUAGCAGUGUUCAAUUCGGAAAAGGCAUACCCAGAAGCAAGCAUGGCGGCGGUUUUCAACACUGAUGGUCAAUCGGUGAGCAUUGGUGGCCCGCCGUCAACUCUCAGAUCCCUUUUCUUAGAAUCAGAAUUCUUCAAGGGAACGAAGAACAUUCCAAUGAGGAAAGUUCAGGGAAUGUGGCAUAGCAAUAAAGCUUACGGUCUAGAGCAUGUCAAGCAGAUCGUCGAGGGCAUCACCCCAGAUAGUCAAUUAUGUUUUCCCAUAUUCUCUCCCGUUACCGGUCGACCAUUCGAGGCAACAGAUGGUACAUCAUUGCUCACAGAGAUGAUGACUGAAAUACUUAUGGAAAGCAUUCAGUGGGAUCAGACCAUUGAUGGCGUAUCCGCAGGUUUGAAACGGCUUUCACCAGAUGUUGUGCAACUUUGGAGUUUGCAGCCUUCACAUUAUAUGGAGAGCGUCCUUGGGCGCUGGAAGACGGAGCUUCCUUCCACAAAUCUAUCUCAACAGACGAUGAUGCCAACCGUAAUGAGUCUAAAUCUGGAACAAAGUCCACCACGUGAUGCAAAGUCCGCUAAAAUUGCCGUCGUUGGUAUGGCAUGUCGAUUCCCUGGUGGCGCAGAUGAUACUGAAAAGUUUUGGGACUUGUUGGCGCAGGGUCGCGAUGUCCAUAAACCGGUACCAGCUGAUCGGUUCGACAUAGAAAGCCAUGUAGAUCCGACAGGAAAUAAGUCUAAUACAUCUAAAACACCCUACGGCUGCUUUAUUGACAACCCUGGACUAUUCGAUGCUUUGUUCUUCGGUAUGUCUCCGCGCGAAGCAGAGCAAACUGAUCCCAUGCAUCGAUUGGCCCUAGUUACAGCUUAUGAAGCCUUGGAAAGUUCUGGCUAUGUUCAUGGCAGAGGUGUUCAUCAGCGUCGUGUCGGUACAUUUUACGGAUGUGCUAGCGAUGAUUACCGUGAAGUCAACACUGGUCAGGAUAUCGGAACCUACUUCAUUCCUGGUGGAUGUAGAGCUUUUGGUCCUGGUCGUAUAAAUUAUUUCAUGAAGUUUUGGGGACCAAGUUAUAGUAUUGAUACAGCUUGCUCAUCAAGUUUGGCAGCUAUUCAAGCUGCCUGUACUUCUCUCUGGAGUGGUGAUAUUGAUAUGGCAAUCACUGGUGGUAUGAAUAUCAUCACAAACUCGGAUGUUUACGCUGGCUUGAGCAAGGGCCACUUCUUAUCAUCUACUGGAGGCUGCAAAACAUGGGAUGAGGGAGCAGACGGGUACUGUCGUGCUGAUGGCGUUGGAAGCGUUGUUCUCAAGCGAUUAGAAGACGCUGAAGCUGACAAUGACAACAUCCUCGCGGUCGUUCUAGCUGCAGCACAGAUUCAUCUUUUCAAUCAAAUGGUCAAGCGUUCUGGAAUUGAUCCAUUGUCUGUAGGAUAUGUCGAGUUUCACGGAACUGGCACUGGUGCGGGGGAUCCAACCGAGAUGAGUUCUGUUACCAAAGUCUUUGCUAACGGGCAGCCGAGAACCACAGACCUUCAUAUUGGAUCUGUAAAAUCCAAUGUUGGCCACGGAGAAGCUGCUGCUGGUAUUAUGGCAUUCAUCAAAACUAUGCUUGUUUUUCAAAAGAGUACUAUCCCUCCACAUGUUGGUAUUAAGACUGGGCUGAAUCCUGCCUUGCCCAAAGAUUUGGAUCUAAGAGGCAUUGUUAUACCAUAUACUGCCACGCCAUGGGAACAGAGCAGUAGUCAGAAAAGAUUGGCAAUGGUAAAUAACUUUGGAGCAGCCGGAGGAAACACAGCAAUGAUAGUGGAAGAAGCGACGGAGCGUCCAAGGAUUGGCGAAGAUACUCGACCUACGCACCCCAUCACAAUCUCGGCAAAAACUCCAUACUCCCUUCAAGAGAACCUCAGACGUCUCGUAGAUUUCAUGGAAACGCAACCGCAUGUCUCUAUCGCGGAUUUGUCUUACACUUUGUCUGCACGAAAGAUGCACUACAAUUACCGGGUUUCGGUACUUGCAUCUACACUCAAGGAUGCUAUUAAACUUCUCCGUCCUCAUAUUGAUACAUCCCUAGAUCAGCUACCUACCAAUCCAAAGCAAACUCCAGUAGCCUUCGCUUUCACUGGCCAAGGGACAUUCUACAUCGGAAUUGGAGCACAACUUUAUCGCGACUCUAGGCCUUUCCGAGAGCAAUUAAAUCGACUUGACGGUAUUACGCAGCGUCAGAAGUUUCCUUCCUUUUUGCCUAUCAUCAAGAGCACCUGCGAUGUUAAGGAUGUACCCACAGUGUCUCUUCAUCUGGCUAUCGUGUGCGUAGAGAUCGCUUUGACACGACUCUGGGCUUCUUAUGGGGUCACUCCAAGUAUCACUAUAGGCCACAGCUUGGGUGAAUAUGCUGCAUUGAAUACAGCAGGAGUCUUCUCUGAUAGCGAUACUGUUUUUCUUGUCGGAACACGCGCAAAUCUGCUUGAGACACACUGUAAGCCUGCUACACAUGGUAUGCUAUCAGUUCGAGCGUCCCACGAAAAGAUUGUGAAAGCAGCCGAUGGCAUUCCCUUCGAAGUUUCUUGUAUCAAUGGCCCCGAGGAAAUAGUACUCGGUGGGGCACUGGAAAACCUGGAGGCUCUUGCGACCGUUCUUGGAAAAGCAGGCUAUAGGACCAUAAAACUCAAUGUGCCCCAUGCCUACCACACAAGUCAGAUGGAUGUUCUAGUGGAUGAUUUCGUCAAAUUGACGAGUGCUGUUGUGUUCAAGGCACCCAAAAUCCCAGUCAUAUCACCUCUCUACUCCAAAGUUCUUGCAUCUGGAAUCGAUGUCAGUUACUUAGCUAAGGCAACUCGAGAAACAGUCGACUAUGUUGGCGGACUCAAUGCUGCUUGGGAAUCUGGCGUUCUGUCUAAAUCCACCCUCUGGUUAGAGAUCGGUCAUCAUCCUUGCUGUGUUAGCUUCAUCGCAAAGACAUUAUCAGAUACUCGAUUGACAUCUCCAACAAUGCACCGAGACCAAGACAAUUGGACCACGCUCGGCAAGGCACUCACUUCUCUGUACAAUGCCGGCGUAGCCAUCGAUUGGACAGAGUACCACUUACCUUUCGAGCAGGCUCUUCGAUUAGUCGAUGCCCCAACAUACGCAUGGAACAACAAGAACUAUUGGAUUCAAUACAGUGGAGACUGGAAUUUGACCAAGGGUCAAGCAUUAUCAGAUCCCAACUUCAUAAAGACCAUACCUCAAGCUGUCAAGGGUUUCCGCACUACAAGUAUCCACGAGAUUCGUUCGGAAAACUACACUGAAGCCUCAGCCCAGAUCGUAACUGAGUCGGAUAUGACUGACCCAGCGCUCAAGGACGUUAUCGAAGGACAUGCCAUGAACAACUACGGAGUUGCUUCUUCUUUCCUCCAUGCAGAUAUGGCCUUCACAGUCGCGAAACGUAUCCUUGAUAAAGGUAUUCCAAACUCGUCCAAUAUUGGUAUCAAUGUUACCGACUUUGAAUAUCAUGAACCUGUGGUUAAGCAUUACAACCCAACAGAAGCUCAGCCCAUUGUGAUGAGUGCCGAGGCCGACUUAGAAAAAAGACAGGCUCAUGUAAAAUGGUACAAUCCCGCCAAAAAUCUAUGGUAUUGUCAUGCAACUAUCUCUUACGAAGAUCCAUCAUCUUGGUUAUCAACAUGGUCGCGUUCAUCAGGUCUUGUGACAAGUCGUAUUGCAGCUCUUAACGAUCUAGCUACCCGCGGUCAUGCCGAUAAAUUGGCAACCAAUCUUGCAUACAGUCUCUUUGGAAAAUUGGUCGGCUACUCGGACAUGUAUCGAACAAUGAAGUCAGUAAUUUUGAAUAAAGAUGAAGCUGUUGCUGAAGUGGAGUUUCCUGCCGAUACCGCUGGUAAUUGGACGGUGCCUCCUCAUUUUAUCGAUGGAUGUGUCUCCUUAUCAGGUUUUAUCCUGAACGGAGGCACACAUUUCGAUAACAACAAAUACUUCUACAUCACGCCAUCAUGGAAGUCCAUGAGGUUUGCAAAGCCGCUUGCACCCGGUGGGAAAUACCUAGCAUAUGUUCGAAUGGUCCCUGCGGAUAAAAACAACUUCGUCGGUGACGUCUACAUUCUCCAAGGAGACGAGAUUGUCGGUCUUGUCGAAGCCAUCGUCUUCACUCAAUGGCCACGCGUCAUGUUAGAUCGCUUCUUCCGUCCUCCCCCUCUCAAGGCCGCAUCUCAUGCUUUAGAUGCCUCUCAAGUUGCUCUCUCUCUCGCUUCGCUGGGUUCAGGUGCCACUAAUUCCAAGUCGCCAUCAUCUCAACAAUCACCAUUCGCGGGUGACUCCAAGAUCGUCACUGGCCUAUUAACUCCUCCUUCACCGACACGGAGCGUCCACGAAAAAGAAAGCAAAUAUGAAUCACCGGCUCCGAAAACAGAAGCUUCAGGCUCUUAUAUCCGAGCUAAAGAAAUCAUAGCUGAGGAGUUGGCCGUUGAUAUUCGAGUGCUGACUGAUGAUGCAAACGUCGCUGAUUUCGGGCUGGAUUCUCUCAUGUCUCUUGUUAUAUCCCAGAGAUUGCGUGAAGAGCUCAAGACUGAAAUCAGAGACGCUUUCUAUCUAGAAAUAUCGACUUUUGGGGAUUUGAAGACUUUGAUUGGGUAG